UGAGAGGCAACUCGGUGUAGUCGGUCUCCACAGAAAAGGAGCGUCACACUGCAGCGCGCGCGCGUCUGUGAUUAGUGUGUGUGUUGAUCACUGUGCGUGUGUGAGAAUAGUGUGUGUGUGUGUGUGUGUCUCUCACUCGGAUCUGAGACAUGCAGCAGUUGGCAGUGUAAAACUUUCCCUCUGUGGAUGGAGCAGCAGUUCAGUCGGAGUCACACUUCAGCGUUUUCUCUUCUUCCUCCAGUAGAAGAGCAGGAUGUCGGUGUGUGGAGCUGCUCUCAUGCUGUGUGUGUGCUGUGUGUGUUUUCCGCACUUCGCCUCAUCUCUACAGCUGCAGCCUGACAUGCCGAAUGUGUGUGAGGACCAGGAGGUGCAGAUGACUGGUGUUCAGCAGCCGUGUGUCCAGGCCUUUAUACGCAUGGUGAAGGUGUGGAGACAGGGAUGUUCUCCACAACGUUGGUGCAUGGGCUACGAGAGGAGGACAGCCUACUUCACAGCCUACAGGCAGGUGUACAGCAUGGAGCUGCAGACGGUUUAUAAAUGUUGUCCCGGAUGGACACAGAGAGGAGAAGAGACAGGAUGUUUACACAGACUGUGUUCUGCAGACACCUGCUUUAAUGGGGGCAGGUGUGCACACACAGAGGAUCAGGUGUGUGAGUGUCCAUCUGGCUUCCAGGGAACACGCUGUCAGUACGAUGUGAAUGAGUGUGAGAAGUCAAACGGAGGAUGUGAGGGAACAUGCUGCAACACCAUCGGCAGUUUCUACUGUAAAUGCCCUGAGGGCAGUACACUCGGACCGGACGGCAGAACCUGCCAGGAUCUAGAUGAGUGUGAGGAAAUGAACGGUGGAUGUCAGCAGAACUGCGUCAAUACACUCGGAUCGUACUACUGCGAGUGCGGCGAGGGUUUCCGCAUACAUGCAGAUGCUCGCACAUGCAUAGCUGUGAACUCUUGUGCAGUAAAGAAUGGAGGUUGUGAACAAAAGUGUCUGGACCUUGGAAAUGACCACUACAAGUGUGAAUGUCGACCUCAAUACCAGCUCAAGAGUGACGGCAAACACUGUGAAUUGAAGGACCCGUGUUUGCAGGGUAAUGGUGGAUGUGGUCAGUUGUGCAGCAGUGAUAAUGGAGUUCCAGAAUGCAGAUGCAGACCGGGAUACACACUCGCUUCAGACCGCAGGAGAUGUGACGAUGUGGAUGAGUGUGUAUCUGGCCGAACCGGGUGUGCUCAUGGCUGUGUGAACACUAAGGGCUCCUUCAGGUGUGUGUGUAACCCUGGAUUUGAGCUUGGGGUGGAUGGGAAGCAAUGCUAUCGUAUUGAGAUGGAGAUAGUGAACGGCUGUGAGAAGAAUAACGGAGGUUGCGCACACCAGUGUGAACACACCAACAUUGGCCCCGUCUGCUCCUGUAACCGCAGCUACCAGCUCGCUGAUGAUCUCAGGAUGUGUAUAGACACUGAUGAGUGUGAAACUAAAGAGUCAUGCUGUCAUCACGACUGUAAGAACUACCCAGGAGGCUACGAGUGCAGCUGCAAACCCGGAUACACGCUCGGCUCAGACGGCUGCUCGUGUAACGACGUUAACGAGUGUUCGCUCGAGACUUCCGGCUGUAAUCACUACUGCAUCAACAUACCAGGAUCCUACGAGUGUUUCUGCAGGGAAGGUUUCCAGCUGGACCACAAUCAGCACACCUGUAUUCCUCUAUAUGAGAGUGAUCUUGAACCUGAAGAAGAGGAUGACUCGGUGGUUGAUGAAGAACAGUUAGAAGUGCUCCGUCUUCCUGACCUGCUGUUCCGUCGACCGCCUCAGCUCCUGCAGUACACCGCCGCUCUACACACACCUUAUGACACAGACGACACACACACACCCUACUCAGGACACACACGCAGCCGAGAGCAAAGAGGAGAACUCACCAUGAUUAGCAAGAUCAUGUGCGUUGCCGGAUCGUUUGGUGAAGACUGCAGUGUUUCCUGUGAAGACUGCAGUAACGGCGGUGUGUGUACAGAGGAAAGAGACGGCUGUGUGUGUACAGCAGGCUGGGCCGGCAUCACCUGCAACCAGACAUGUGUUGAGGGGAUGUAUGGUGUUGGCUGUAACAGUGUGUGUGUGUGUCAGAACGGUGGGCGCUGUGAUCCAGUGAGCGGGAAGUGUCUCUGUCCUCCUGGGGUCCAAGGCCUGCACUGUGAAGAUGGAUGUCCUCAGGGCUUUUUCGGGGUGUUCUGUCGGAGGAGAUGUAACUGCCCCAAUAACGGACGCUGUCACCGUGUGUAUGGAGGCUGUUUCUGUGCUGCUGGACUAUAUGGAAGAUUUUGUCAUCUGUCGUGUCCCAGGUGGACGUUCGGGACUGGAUGUUCACACGACUGCGACUGUGUUCAGGAGAAUUCGCUCGGAUGCAACGCCCAGAACGGGACGUGUAACUGCAAACCUGGGUACCACGGCAACCACUGCCAGGCAGAAUGUAGUGCUGGCUUUUACGGCACUGAUUGCCGAGAGCUUUGUGACUGUCCUGGCGGUUCAUCAUGUGACCCCAAAACAGGAAAAUGUCAAGAAAAAUGUCCUCCUGGGUUUUAUGGAGAGGAAUGCCAACUGGAAUGCACUGCAGGAGCGUAUGGCUCAGGGUGUGUGAUGCGCUGUAGCUGUCCUUCUAACACCAGCUGUGACCCUGUGACUGGAGAGUGUGUGUGUGCACCAGGAUACACAGGGCACAACUGCUCUGAAGUGUGUGCAGCUGGAUUUUGGGGUGUGGCCUGUGCCAGUGUGUGUCAGUGCAGUAACAGUGCAGUGUCCUGUGAGGCCAUCAGUGGGCGCUGUGUCUGUCACCCAGGAUACACCGGCGAACGAUGUGAACAGAAGUGUCCUGAGCACCGCUAUGGUCCACGGUGUGAGAGAGUGUGUGAGUGUGUGAACGGAGUGUGUGAUCACUUCAGCGGAGCCUGCAACUGCACACCGGGCUGGACGGGGACACACUGUGAACAGGUGUGUGCGCAGGGCCGAUAUGGACCGAACUGUUCCCGUGUGUGUGAGUGUUCUGGAUAUCAGCAGCUCUGUCACCAUGUCACAGGCAGAUGCACCUGCCCACCUGGUUACUACGGCAACCUCUGUCAUCUCAAAUGCCGAGAAGGGACAUAUGGCCCUGACUGCAAAAAGCGAUGCCGGUGUGUAAAUGGUGGACGGUGUGACCUCAGGACUGGGACAUGUCUCUGUGCUCCAGGAUAUAUAGGAGCAAACUGCAGCACCAGAUGUCCAGCAGGCAGCUACGGUAAAGACUGUGCUAAAGUGUGUGUGUGUGGUGAAGGAGGACAGUGCCACCCGGUGACCGGGAGGUGUAACUGCACAUCAGGGAGAACUGGUCAUUCCUGCCAAGAAGUGUGUCCCAGGGGUCGCUAUGGAGCUCAGUGUCGUGGUGUGUGCACGUGUGUAAACGAAGGUGUGUGUCACCCGGUUGACGGAACCUGCAGAUGUGGACUGGGCAGCACCGGAGUGCGCUGUGAGGAAGAGUGUUCCCCAGGCUGGUAUGGAGCUAACUGCGAACAGGAAUGUGUGUGUCAGAAUAAUGGGUCAUGCGACCGCAUUACAGGCUCCUGCUCCUGUGCACAUGGACACUACGGCCCCGCCUGCCAACACCAAUGCCCUGCUGGAUUUUUCGGUGAGCUGUGCUCACAUCAGUGCAACUGCACUCACGCUCAAACGUGCGAUCACGUGACAGGAGAGUGUGUGUGUCCUCCAGGCUUCACGGGCGAGUGCUGUGAGACACGUUGUGCUGCAGACAGUUAUGGUGUGGGGUGUGUACACCAAUGUAAGUGUGUAGAUGGUGUCCCUUGUGAUCCGGUCACAGGCCGAUGCCUUUGUCCCCCUGGAAGGACAGGGGAGUUCUGUGAGAAAGAGUGUGUGAGUGGGUCGUUUGGUCCUCAGUGUUCUUUUCAGUGUCAAUGUGCUCAUGGAGGACAGUGUGACCAGCGCAACGGACACUGUGUGUGUUCAUUUCCCUGGCUGGGACCAACUUGUAAGGAUGAAUUGGCUGUGUCUCUCCCACCCAAGAGACGGAGAGGCCUGUAACACUGCUGUUCUACAACUGGAAACACACACAUGCACACACACACACACACACACACAGAGCUAUUUAUGUAUAACAAAUUAUUUUAAAACUUUACACACACACACUUAAUGCCUUUCUGCCACUUUAGACUUUUCUGUAUGUAUGAAUGUGUGUGUGUGUGUGUGUAUGUGUGUGUGUGUUGUGUGGUUUAUGACUCUGUAACCAGUCAGCUCAUCAGUCGUGUGUAUGAAUUUGAAACUGAGUGAUUUCGCCAUGCACCAAGUUCUAAGACCAGGAAAAUAAUGUAUGUGCAUUUUAUAUGUGCAUGAUGUAUGUGUUAUGUGUGUGUGUGUGUGUGCGUGCGUGUGUGUGUAUGUGCAUAAAUCCUGAGGGAGCCUAUUGUUUUAAACCAUAGUAAUCAAAACGUGCAACAGCCCAUAAAGCCACAAGAUCCAUGCAAUUUUACAUUUUACAAGCCACACAAACGCAACCACGGCCUUUCAUUUCACUACAUGCAAACACAAUAUAACGCAAAACAUUCCUCUAAAGUAACCCACAAAUGCAAUUUACAGUAAAACACUGCCACUGCUACAAAAAAGGUGCUGCACUGUGCAGUUCCCUGAGGUGUGUGUACCUGUGUAAAGAACACCGCUGUUUCUGUUCCACUCUACAGUCUGAAGGCACAAGAGACACAGUGAUGAAUCUUAUAUACCCCAGCAAACUCCGGCAUCACAUAUACCACAUAUAACCACUAUCAUAAAUUACUAACGAUUCUGUAUUAAGUAGGAACAUUUGACAAUUUCCCAGAAAUAACGCACAUUGGCUAGUCCAUACAGCAAAGGAAGUGAUAAACAAGUGACUCGCUUGUGUGUGGAUCAUGUACUGCAAAAAAAAAAGUCUUUUAUUCUAGAAAGUGUGUGUGUAGAUAACUCAGCAGCGUUGUGUAUCAUAUCAGAAAUGUGUAUUUUUGUUCAAACUCAUGAUGGUGGCCUCGUCCCGUCGCGCAGCACUGAACAGCUUUCAGGCUCUUUAUAUAUUUCCUGUGAUGUGAUUCCGGUGACAAGCGCGACCGAUAUCCAGUUACUCGGCACGUUGUCUGAGUGACGUUGUGUAAAUUGUUAAAAGCGAGCUGUCCGCUUCGGCCUGAUUGCUGUAAACGGAGCCUCCGGAGUUCAGUGAUCCACCGACGCUUACACGCCAAACAGCUCUAAUCCGUAAGCCUACAAAUGUCCCGUCCUCGUACCCUACUUUCAACAAGAGCGUGUAAAGAAUGAGAUGUGAAAGACAGACGUACUUUGUCUCCUGUAAUACUUGUGUUUACUUUUAUUUAUCUCACUGCAAAUACUGUCUGGAUGAUCAAACCUCUCAGUGAAGGAAAUGGUGCUAUAAUGAAGAAUUGUUAUGAGUUUUGAAUUAAAUCUGUUUUUGCUCUCUGUGGAAGACGGCGUGUGUGUGUUCUUCAGCUCAUUUAUUCUUAUUAACUCUCCUUGUCUAACAGAUAUUGAUAUACAGUGCAGUGUCUGAGUAAUCAGACUUGGGGGCGUUUUGGUGGUUCUGAUGAUCAGGAGAUUCUGAAAUGAAAGAUUUAUUACCAUGUUAAUGUGAUGAAUGUUCAAGUGUAAAUUUGUGCUCUGGGUUGUUGACUGGAAGAUCAGGGUUCAAGCCCUGGCACCGACAGGCUGCAACCGUUGGGCCCUUGAGCAAGGCCCCCAACCCCCCCUGCUCCAGGGGCGCUGUAUCAUGGCUGACCCUGCGCUCUGACUCCAGCCCCCAAGGAUGGGAUAUGUGA